AAUAGACACUGCGUUCGAGAGCCGCGUAUUAACCGGCGCUGUUUUGAAUUCAUACUACAUCGAACCGCGUAACUUUCUUCAGGAUGCGAGAGACGUUGUGCUCAAGCAUAUACGGGGUGCAUUGGUGAAACAUAAGACACUAAAAGUGAAUACCGCAUUUAAUGGAGAGUUUGUAGCGGGUGAUAAACGCUCGAACAAGACUAUCAGCACAAAGAACUGUGAAAUCUUUGACGAGAUCAAUCUCGAAGAGUGGUACGAGCAACGCAUCGUCGAACCCACCCUAGCAUCGCUGGAAGAAUUUCAAGAACGGGAUAGCGGAUGGGCGCAGUCGCGUAUACUCAAUUUAAUUGUUAACGUGAAUAAAUAUAUGCCGCUGCAUGCUGAAUGUAUCAUACAAUUACCACGAGAAAUACAACUAAAGAGAGCUGUAAUCAACGUAUGCUCGAACGACAAUGCAUGUUUCGCGUGGUCAGUGGUGGCUGCUCUGCAUCCAGCCGAAAAUCACGUAUAUCGGACAUCGGCAUAUCCUCAUUCAAUGGUGUUGAAUAUCCAGGAUAUCGAAUUUCCAAUGAAAUUGAACCAAAUUAAAAAGUUUGAACACGCCAACAGCAUCUCCAUCAACGUCUACACCACUGAAGAAAAGAAGGUUCUACCGAUACGGCUCGCCACACGGAAGAUGGAGAGACAUGUCAAUUUGCUGUAUUUAGAAGGAGCAAACGGCGUGGGACAUUUCGCGUGGAUCAAAAACUUGUCCCGCCUCGUGAGCUCACAAUUGAGUAAACAUAAACGCAGAAAAUACUUUUGCGAUAGAUGCUUGCACUACUUUAGUUCGAAUGAGAAGCUGGAAGCUCACACCGUAGAUUGCGAGAAGAUGAACGAAUGCGCAAUCGUAUUACCAGAUGAUGAAAGCAAGUGGCUCAGCUUCGACAACUACAUCCGGAAAGAGCGACUUCCAUUUGUGGUGUACGCCGACCUCGAGUGCAUUCUGGAGAAAACUGAUCGAGAAGCGCCAAGAUCCACAUACCAGCAUCAUAAAGUAUUAAGUAUUGCAUAUUAUGUUCAAUGCGCGUACGAUUCGUCCUUGUCAGUGUAUCAGUGUCGUCGUGAUGCGAAUUGUGUUUCCUGGUUCGUCGAAGAAUUAAAGAAUUUGGCACAUUUUGUUAAAUCAAUUUUAUCAAAUAACAUACAAAUGGAUGAUUUAACGAGCGAACAGCAGGAGGCAUUUCGCAACGUGACGCAUUGUCACAUUUGCCAAAAACCGUUUGGAGAAAACGAUACGAGGGUUCGCGAUCAUUGCCAUCUAACCGGUCGGUACAGAGGUCCCGCGCACUCCAAUUGUAAUCUAAAUUAUAAAAACUCUUUUUGCAUUCCCAUAGUUUUUCAUAAUUUGUCCGGUUACGAUUCGCAUUUUAUUAUCGAAGAAAUAGCUACAGCUUUCGAGGGUGUCGUCAGUGUAUUGCCGAUAACAAAAGAAAAGUACAUCUCGUUCACAAAAAGUGUCAACGAUCCAAAUGGACCGGCGCGAAAUUGUAUAAAAUUGAGAUUCAUCGAUUCAUACAAAUUCUUGAGUACCAUUCUCGAUAAAUUAGCGUCUUUCUUAGAUAAAAGCAAAUUAAGAAUUUUACGAACCGAGUUUCAAAAUUUGUCUAUCGAAGAUUUCGAAUUAUUGACGCAAAGGGUGUUUUUCCAUACGAGUACAUUGACUGUGCCGAAAAGUUGGAACAAUCAUGUUUGCCAUCGCGCGAAUCAUUUUAUAGUUCCGUGACGGGUGAUACAGUAUCGGAGAGCGAGUACGCGCACGCCGAGAACGCGUGGACACGGUUUUCCAUUCAAACGCUGGGCGAAUAUAGCGAUUUGUAUUUGAAAACAGAUGUCUUGCUGUUGGCCGAUUCGAUCCCGCGUAUUAUUACACUCUGUCCGGUUUUACGUGGGAUGCCAUGCUGAAGCAUACAAAAGUUAAUUUCGAAUUACUAACAGAUAUCGACAUGGUCCUGUUUAUCGAACGCGGUAUACGCGGCGGAUUAAGUCACUGUUCAGGUAGAUAUGCGAAAGCCAACAAUAAGUACAUGCAGUCGUACGAUCCAUCGAAAGCAUCGUCGUACUUGAUGUACUUUGAUGUAAAUAAUCAGUAUGGGUGGGCAAUGUGUCCACCAUUGCCAUAUGCAGAAUUUCGAUGGGUCGACAACGUUGCAAACUUUGACGUGUCUUCGAUUGCUGCCGAUUCGCCCACGGGUUAUAUUCUAGAGGUUGAUCUAGAAUAUCCGCAACGCUUGCACGACAUUCACGCGGACCUGCCGUUCUGUCCAACACGUGCCAGACCACCUGACAAAAGAGAGGACAAGCUGCUCGCAACUCUACACAAUAAGUAGCGCUACGUUAUCCACUAUCGUAACCUGCAGCAAUGCACGUAACAUGGUAUUCGUAUUACAAAGGUAUACCGCGUCCCCCAAUUCGCACAAUCACCCUGGCUCCGCGAUUACAUCGAAGUAAAUACAAAGUUUAGAACUCUCGCUACAAACGAUUUUGAAAAGAAUUUGUAUAAAUUGAUGAACAAUGCGGUAUUUGGCAAAACUAUGGAGAAUGUACACAAUCACGUCGAUGUAAAAUUAGUAACAAAAUGGGAAGGGAGAUAUGGUGCGGAGGCAAUGAUCGCAAAACCAAAUUUCCACAGCCGUAGCGUGUUUUCGGAAAACUUAGUUGCCAUCGUACUACGAAAGCUUGCGGUGAAGUUCAACAAACCAAUCUAUGUGGGUAUGUGUAUACUAGAUAUAUCUAAGGUUUGUUGGUAUGAAUUCCAUCACGAUUACAUGUUACUCACACAUGGCGAUAAAUGUAAAGUUAUGUACACCGAUACGGAUAGUUUAAUUUACCACAUCGAGUGCGAGAAUAUUUAUGAUACUAUAAAAUGCGAUAUUAAUCGAUUUGAUACCAGUGAUUAUCCGGUAGGGAACGUUUACGAUAUACCGCUUGUAAACAAAAAAGUCCCCGGUUUGCUGAAAGAUGAAAACAAUGGGGCAGUAAUGACAGAAUUUGUUUGACUCAGAGUGAAAAUGUAUGCACUGCGUGUAGAUGGUAAAAAAGAUACGAAAAAGGCGAAAGGUGUAAAAAGUAACGUUGUUUCCAGGAUGAUAACUUUCGACGACUACACGCAGUGCCUACGAAACGAAAUUGAAAUGAUUCGUAAUCAGACAUCUAUAAGAUCAAAAUUACACAAAGUAUACACAAUGGCGGAAUCAAAAAUCGCUCUGAGUCCGUACGACGAUAAGCGGUAUAUCGUACCCGACUCAAUGGAUACAUUGCCGUGGGGUCAUUAUAAAAUACCGCUUUAGAUAUAUCAGUAUAUGUAUUUUGUAAAUCAUUUUUACCUCGAUUUUAAUAGAUUGGUUACGUCCCC